AUGGCUUUAAACACGCCCAAACACGCGGUUGCGCUCCCCUCGCCGUCACGCAUCAUCGCAACGUUGUUUCUGCUCGGAUUUCUGCAUACCUCGAGCGCGUUUCAUACCAAUCGCAUGUUCUCAACCGAUCAUACACUGCGUCCGCCGAGAUGGGGACCUCCUACGAAGAGAGAUGGAAUGGCGCCGCUCAAAAUCACGAAUAAAUGUCCCAAUACCAUCUGGCCAGGCAUUGGUACCCAAGCCGGCACGGGACCUGGAAUAGGAGGGUUUGAACUGGCCUCCGGCGCAAGCAGAGAUUACACCGUGAGCAAGGACUGGCAAGGCAGAGUCUGGGGGAGGACGAAUUGCAGCUUCAAUCCGACUGGAGACGGCCCAGCAAACAUCGCAGCGAACAACGGUGCUGCUUGCGACUCGGGAGAUUGUCUAGGCGUGCUGAAUUGUGUUGCUACAGGAGUCGCGCCCGCAAGUCUCGCCGAAUACGAUCUCGCGGGCGGUGUUGGUGGGACGCAAGCUUUCUACGACAUUUCUCUCGUUGACGGAUAUAAUAUCCCGAUUGGGAUCGUUUUCCUACCUGGCGACGAUGUGAAGCUUCAGAAGGUCCCACCAAACCUAACUAAUGCUGUGUGCAUUGCAACUGCUGGCUAUGCAUCAGAUCCCGCACCUUCUGGUACCAAUGGAAUGUCCUCGAACGCGUCCUAUCCCGUUCCCUAUGAACCAACACAAACGAAUAUGGACCUCGCAACGUGGUGUCCAUGGGACUUUCUAGUUAUCAAACCGGACAAGCCAGGAGACGGUGUCUACCCUUACCCCGACGACAUGAUCCAACGGCCUGUCUUUGAUCCGUGCAAAUCGGCAUGUGCUGCAACGAAUGCGCCUUCGGACUGUUGUACCGGAGCCUAUAGUGAUCAUGGUGUGUGUAUGCCAAAUAUGUAUUCUCAGCAAUCGAACAAGGUAUGCCCUGACGCAUACGGCUUUCCUUUCGACGAUGAAGGAAGCACCUUCAUUAUUCCUACUGGUGGUGGGUUUGAAACCGUCUUCUGCCCCGAAGGUCGGAGCACAAACAUCUUGAAAACUUUCAAACAACAGUUGCAGGAUUUGACGGGCGCACCUGGUGUAGGGAAAGGGAUGGAUGCCAUCGACCAAGAUGCGCGAAAUCUCACCAUCAUAAUGAAUGCCGCCAAGAAGUCGAGUGCGGAGAGGAGUAGAGGUGAAGCGUCAAAUAUGGGCAAGACGAGUAUGUGUGCUAUGGUUGUGGUGAUUGCUUGGGCUGUGUUGUGGUAG